UGACCGAAACUAACCAUUUGCACUGAAUUGUAAUAACAUUGAUUGCAACAUUUUUUAAAUCAGAUAUUGUCUCUUUCUCACUGAAUUUAAGUAUUUGAAGCAGACAGCAAUUGACACAACAGUGUGGUGAAGGAAAACACAAACCUCGGAGCAAGAAAUGGAGGAGAGGAUAAACUAUGUGGCUCACUGUCUUGUUCUACCUUAUCCUGCACAAGGACACAUAAAUCCUAUGCUUGAGUUUUCAAAACGUUUGAUUCAGAGAGGAGUGAAGGUCACACUGGUAACUGUUGUGUCCAACUGGAAGGUCGUUAGCAGAAAAAAUUUCACUUCUAUAGAAGUUGAGAGCAUAUCAGAUGGCUACGAUGAAGGAGGCCUUGCAGCAGCAGAGAGCCUUGAGGUUUAUCUUGAAACCUUCUGCAGGGUUGGAGCACAAACUCUCGCUGAGCUUCUUCAGAAGCUUGCAGGAUCAAGCCACCCUCCAGAUUGUGUAAUCUAUGAUGGUUUCAUGCUUUGGGCUCUUGAUGUUGCAAAGAAAUUUGGGCUACUUGCUGCUGCUUUCUUCACUCAGAGUUGCACAACAAACACCAUAUACUUGCAUACUUAUAACAAGUUGCUGGAACUGCCUCUUACACAGACAGAGUAUUUGUUGCCAGGGUUGCCAAAACUUGAAGCUGAGGACUUGCCAUCAUUCUUGAACAGAUAUGGAACCUAUCCAGGUUAUUUUUAUGUUGUUGUGAACCAACUUUCCAAUAUUGACAAAGCAGAUUGGGUUCUUGCAAACACAUUUUAUGAUAUGGAGCGAGAGGUAAGUGAGUUCACUAAGAAAGGUUUAAUAGUCAAUUGGUGUCCCCAACUGCAAGUCUUGACACAUGAGGCUUUGGGGUGUUUUAUCACACACUGUGGUUGGAACUCCACAUUGGAAGCUUUGAGCUUAGGAGUUCCAGUGAUUGCAAUGCCACUGUGGACUGAUCAGAUCACAAAUGCAAAACUUAUUAAAGAUGUGUGGAAAAUUGGAGUCAAAGCUGUUGCUGAUGAGAAAGAUAUAGUUAGAAAAGAAACUAUCACACAUUGCAUAAAAGAAAUAUUGGAGACUGAAAAAGGAAAUGAAAUAAAGAAAAAUUCCAUCAAGUGGAAGAAUCUGGCCAAGAGUAGUGUUGAUGAGGGAGGAAGUUCCGAUAAAAAUACUGCAGAAUUUGUGAAUGAAUUGGUUCAUCGCCGUGCUGCAUUAAAUUAAUGGGAAAGGAAGUGCUCAUAGAAGUUUUGUGCCACAGCCAAAGUAUGCUAUGCUGAUUCUGCUUAGAAUAAUCAACUUGACAAGGUUGUAAAUUUAAGUUUUGGUAAAAAUUGUUAGCUUCUGCAUUCUGAAUUUGUAUGUCUUUUAGAACAUCCGUUAUUUUAGCAUGCAGUUCUUUGUCAUUUGUGUAAGAUGAUUUGCUCCAUCAUGAUAAGAAUGUAUUUGUCUCUUGUUGGACCAAUAAUUCAACA